AAGAAAAUAUUUCCCACAGAAAACAAUACGCAGAAAAGAAAAUAAUCCAUUCCUUCAAAAUUUAUUUAUUAAAUACUGAAUUUUAAUUGAAGUUACAUAGAACCGAAAGGAAGGAGAAGGUUUUAGUUAAAAUGGUUGUUCCCGUUCCGAAUCCAACUAAGGACUUGAUUCUCAAGCUUAUGGCUGAAAAGGAAGCAAUGGAAUCGAAAAUAUCCGAUUAUGGAAAUAUUUUGGUAAAUAAUGCUAAUGUGGGGAUGGAUGGACCCUUGGUUGAUGCAGAAGGAUUUCCACGGAACGAUAUUGAUGUUUAUCAAGUGCGACAGGCGCGUCAACAGAUAAUCUGUCUUCAAAAUGAUUAUAAAUCACUGAUGAAAGAAAUAGAAAAGCAAAUGCAUAAAUUGCAUUCCGAGGCAGCGGAAAGUCAAACACAAUUGUUGUCAACCAAUACAGCCACCUUACGAUUGGAAGAUGAUAAUGAAGUGCCAAAUACCAGCAUGUCGUCAGCAUCGGUGGAGCCACCAAAGAAAGUUAUAGUAAAAAUAAAUAUGAUAAGUCCUGGAUCGCCGGCUGAAGAGGCUGGUUUGAGAGUAGAUGACGAGAUAUUGGAAUUUGGCACCAUUAAUUCCAGAAACUUCCAAAACAAUCUGACCCAAAUUGGCGACCUGGUGCGUCACAUGCAAAAUAAAAGGGUUCCUUUGAAUGUACUACGUAUGGGGCAACACUUAGAUAUGAUACUUAUACCUAAAUCGUGGAGCGGCCGAGGUCUAUUGGGUUGUAAUAUUAUACUAGCCGAUCCUUAAGGGUUUAAAGAUUAUAUUACUUAUCUAAAACAUUUUUAUUAUAUAUCUAUAAUUUUUUUUUAAUACAUCUACAGAACUUAAAAUUUACAUUGAUCUAUUACACGAAUAUAUACAAUUUACUGUGAUAACAACUUCGACGGUUUAUGCCAAAGACUAAAUUCACAUUAAUAAUUGGAAGUUGAAAUAGAACAAAAUCUAUUUGUACGGAACACUUUUGUCAAAAUUCACAUUAGUUUUGCAAUAUUGCAUUCAACAAAUUUUUUACAUACAUAUAUAAAAGCAAGUACAUUUAAAUAACCGCGGCUAAGUUUAAAAAAAAUUUUGCUGAUAUGAAAAGGUUUUACAAACAAUUUUUCGUAUGCGUUUUGAAAUUCGAUUUUUAUAUACAUAACAUAUGUGGAGCUUUUUAUUAAAAAUUCUUGAAGAACUGCGCCAUUUUAUGAUUAGUAUUCAAGUGUCAACCUGCACCUAGGUUAGGAGUUAAAAGUUAUGUUAUUAAA